AUGGCAGAUAAAUUCGUCAUCGCUCAUGCGGGAGCCAAAAAGGCAGAAGCCAGGGUAAAUAACAUCUUUGCCGUUAGACAAACGACAGGCGAGGGACUUCGGGAUUUCCUAGCCCGGUUCAACAGGGUAAGAAUGAGCCUACCCAAUGUAUCGGAGGGGAUGGCGGUAGCAGCCUUCCAAAAUGGGUUAAAUAGAAAUGGGUCGAAAGCAACGAAAAAGCUGCUAAAAAUAGUGUAUGCACUAGAAAAGCUCGGCACGAAGGUGCAGUGGCCGCAAAUAAUGAAGUCGGAUCCAAGCACCCGGAGAUCAAACGUUCUGUGCGAGUUCCAUCAGGAAAGGGGACAUAAGACCGAAGAUUGCAUAGGCUUGCGACAGGAAGUGGUAAGAAUGCUGAACCAAGGACACCUGAAAGAACUGUUGAUCGAUCGAGGACGGGCUAACUUCGCUCAUGGACGCGAUCAACCCCAAGGACCCCCAAAAACACCUUCACCGGCUCGUGUCAUACAAAUGAUCAUUGGCGGCGGUAACAAUACAGUAAUCAACCAUGUGAAGCUCACCACUACACACAAAUUCAGGCGAACAGUCGCUGAGGAACGGUAUGAUGACCUCGAAGACAGUAUCAUCUUCGAUAAGUCAAAUACCCACGGUUUGUAUUUCCCUCACUAUGAUGCUCUGGUUAUAACUUUAUGUAUUGCGAAUACCGAUGUAAAAAGAAUAAUGGUGGAUGACGGAAGCGGUGCGUGUAUUAUCCACCCACGAGUCCUCGCACAGAUGAGACUUGAAGAUAAGAUAGUAUCGCGCUGCAUAACACUAACGGUUUUUAAUAAUGCAGUUAAACGAACCUCAGAAGAAGUAACGCUGCCCGUUCUGGCUGGAGGAGUCACUCUGGAAAUGACUUUUCACGUCAUGAAUCAGGAAACAGCCAACAACGCUAUCAUAGGACAUCACGUCCAUGGAUACACGCCAUGCGAGCCGUCCCUUCAAGUUUCUACCAAGUGA